AUGAUUAUGGAUGAAGUCAAGAGGCAAGUGGCUAUGGCAAUGCAGGGCCAGAGGAACCACAAGGAAGCCUUGGAGGAGAUCCUCUUGGUGUCGGUGGAGGUUUUAGCGGGCAUCUUGGUGAUCCAGCACCUAGUUUGUUGCGUGCUUCAGUACCGGGCGGAGGGGGAGUCGCGAGACUCUGAGAUGAAGGGCAGCGUGGAGCUGCCACCGAUGCCAGAAGUGACAGCUGACAGUGCGGUUAGCUUCUCGGACUGGCUGUAUGAGACGGAGCAGGCAGUGGGAGGGCUGAGCGAUCGCGCGGCGAGCUGGUUCUCCAUGUGUCUGAAGUGUGCGAGGGAAAACUACGAAGUCUACCAGAUGAGCGAUCCCUGGGCUCGCUUGACUCUUGAGCCAAUGAGACCUCCCGAGCUCCAGGAUGAACGAUGGUCUCGCCUGGAGCGGCGUGUUCUCACGUUGCUUCUUGCAACGCUGCAGCGGCAAGCCAAGGAUGACGCUGUUACCCACCGCAUCUCGAAUGUCAGCGGCCUCCUUUUCAGACUACAUGUUCUUUAUGCUCCUGGAGGCAGCGCGGAACGAGGUGGCGUAGACACCUUCAACGAGCAGACGAGAUGCAUGAAGCCAUCCCUGCCGACGUUGGAGAAUGUCUUGAAGUACUACAACCACGUGCUCGCUGAACUUCAACAGGCGGCUCCGGCAAGAUCGCAGGGCUCCCAGGGUACCAAUGUGAAUCCAGAUGGGACGAAGUUGAAGGGCAUGAAUGCUACAACCAAUGGUGCUGGAACUGGAGAGUCGGGCUCUCCAUCACGGAGAGCUGGGGAUACUUCACCGGCAACUGGAAAGGUGCCGUCUCGUUUCUUUGCAUCAGACAAUGGAUGCACGAAGGGGCAGGCUUGCAAGUUCGACCACACCUUGCCCAACAAGGAGGCCAAGAAAAGCCGCUGUUGGUUUUGCGGCUCCACCAAGCAUGUUCAGAAGGAAUGCCCCGUGAAGUCUGGCAAACCAGUGUCUCCAACCAGGGGAAGGCCAACCACUACAUCUACGACCUCCUCUACUACCAACCCAACCUUGAAUCAGGUGACAGCGCAACAACAACAAGCCAUCAUGGAGUCAAUUCAGGCUGUCAUGGGAGCUGCGGCCACGUCAACGACAAGUGCGACACCGGGAACUUUGACGGCGGUGCCUACGGAGACUUCUACGGCAACUCCCAGCACUCCGGCGAUCCCGGUGACUUCAUCUGAUAUGUCUACGGCGUCUACGUUGGAUCACCCGGGCAACGAUGAAAGAACUCAGGAGAUUGGAGCUCUUCUACAACAAGCCAAUGCUAUGCUAAACAGACUGACCAGACUGCAGGCUUUGCAGGUGUCUUCAGACAGGACUUUGAAGGAGCUUGCGGCUCAGAUGGCUGGCUUGGGCUUUGCUGAGGAGGAGCGGAUGGCGCUGCUUGACAGUGAUGCCUCACACCCCUUUCGAGAGCGGGCUCUUCAUGAAACUGAUGGAGUACCAGUGCGCGUGGAACUUGCAGGAGGUCAGUCGGUGACUCUCAAGCAAAAUAAGGCUGGAACGCUGUUGCCAACAACGGAUGCUGAGAAUGCUCAGGACCUGUCAACGAUCCUUCCGAUGGGAGCCUUGGUCCAGACGUUGGGGUGCGAGUUGUCUUGGUCGAAGAAGAAUGGCCUGAGAAUAGUUCACCCACAGUUUGGGACUUUGAAAACGGUGGUGAGGGGCAAUUGCCCGUUGCUUGGCGAGACCCAGGCAUUGGACUUGAUCCACCAGCUCGAGCAGAAGAAGUUGCAGGAACUGAGAGAGGCCACGGCGGAGACCUUCCUGGGAACUUUGAGCCUUUCGGAGGUGAAGGAUUGGGACGAGAUGUUUGCCGCCUACGUGCAGAGCGGAAACAGGGCCCAUCUGCUGCAGGCGCUGGAGUCUCCCGGAUGCCCUCUCCAAGGACUUGACGAGUCGAUGAGGUCGAUGCUUGCAGUGGGUGUUGAUCUGAGUGAUGAGGCGGGAGCGAGAUACCUCAAGGCCCUUCCAAUCCGCAGCUCACAGAGGAAAUGCUUGCUGACAAAGAGAUGGAUGGUUCGAUUGUUUGAACGCGACAACGAAACUUCAGAAGAUUUGAAGAGAAUGGAGACCAACUCUGAGGUUUUGGUGAACUUCAAUCUGAACCGCAGCAAGAUGUUUAACCUCAAGGGUGACAGUGCAGCGUACAAGGCGUUGGUUUGGGCAGCGUGCAGGGGUCAGAUUGAAGGAGUUUGUGGUUCACCACCUAGCAAUUCCUGCUUGGAACUGUUCUCGCGCCAGCUGCUGAUUUGGAUGCUGGCCAAGGAGGGCGCUCGAGUGAAUCAUCGCGUCAGUCCGUACCUCGUUACUACCUCCAGUCCCACAUCAAGGAUGUGGACUACGACUGUGUGGCAAGGUUUUCAACGGGAGUACCAACUCCCAGCCUCUUAUGUCUCCCCUGAGGGUGCGAAUGAAGCCUACUGUCUGGCAACCAAUCUAAUACUUUCAGGAGGAGAUGAUCCAGGUUGGGGACCUCAGGUUGAUCCCACCAGCAGCUCGUCAAGGACAUGGUCAAGGAGUUUUGUGCGGAUGAUUGCCUCUGGAGUUGAGCGUUGGCGUAAGAGACCCGAGCCACUUGUCCUGUGCAGCGGAGCUGUUCCGGAUUCACCUUGGGGUCCUGAAGAAUUGCGGAAAUGGAGGCGACAUGUUGCCAACGGUCACCUUCCUUACAACAAGAGGUGCAGGACAUGUAUAGAGACGGCCGCCACGGGCCGGAGUCAUCGUCGAGUGAUUGCACCCAACUGCUACACGUUGGGAUUGGACCUGUGUGGACCUUUUCGGGUGCACGGCGAGACGGCGGAUGCGAAGGGAUACCGCUACGCUCUGGUGGGUGUCUACACGAUGCCGAAGCUCCAGGGCUUUCGCGACUACAAGAUCCCCGAAGAUGAAGAAGGAGAAGGGGAUGAUGGAUGUGGUGUUGGUGAGAUACCAGUUGAGGAGGAGCCUGAUUUUCUUGUUGAAGGCGACGAAGUGCAGCCUGAUGUUUCUCGAGAGGACCGAGAGGAAAUGGACAAGGCCAAUGCGGACUUCGCGAAGUUGUUCCGGGAGAUUGGGGACACUCUUGAGUACCAGAACCUUCACUACAUGAUCCCCCUUAAGUCUCGCAAGGCCCCGAAGGUUGAAGCGGCGAUCAGGUUGCUCUACGUUCAGAUCAGGUCGGAGGGCUUGUCAGUUCAACGAGUGCAUAGUGAUCGUGCGCGUGAGCUUAGAGGUCAUGGGAUUCGACAAUGGUUGCUCGAAAGGGAAGUGUACCCUACAACAGGAGAGGCGCAGGUACCCCAGAGCAACGGCAAGGCGGAGCAGGUUGUGAAGGCUUUGAAGCGAAGGGCUAAGACGCUUUUGCAGACCUCCUCGUUGCCACGGUCGUGUUGGCCGCUUGCUAUGGGACAUGCUGCAUGGGCGCAGAGAGAAACCGCCUUGGGACGUGGGGCACAAAUUGUGCCGUUCGGGGCUCCUGUGGCUAUCAAGGCUAAGGUCUUUGGCGUCGGGGGCAAGUUCGACUUGAAUAGCAAGUGGGAUAAUGGACAGUUUGUUGGACCGGCGACUGAGCUCAAGGGUGGCUUUGUGGUGAGGGAUUGCAAUGGACGGUACCUUACUACCAUGCACAUGAAGACCAAUCUUGUUGAUGUCGACAAGUACAUCAAGCCUGAAGGUGCUGAGGCGAUCCUCCCAGCUCCACUCUCGCGAGUGAAAACAAAAUCUACGAUCGCUCAAGGAGAUGAUGGAGAUAUGCCACUACCAACAAGAGAUUCCGAGUCUGGAGGUCCACCACUGGGUCCUGAAGGGGAAGUCGUAGUACCCAAGGUGGGAGAUAUGCCACUACCAACGAGAGAUUCCAAGUCUGGAGGUCCACCACUGGGUCCUGAAGGGGAAGUCGUAGCACCCGAACCGUUAGAGCGAGAAGGAUCUGGAGCAUAUGAUGUGAGCAGGGUACCAGGUCGUCGUAUCAGAGAAAAGUCACGACUGAUGGCUAUGCGUCCGUUGACUCUGUUGGAACAAGAGAUUGAGCAGAUGGCAGUGAACUAUGAUGUUGAUGAGCAGUAUGAUGAAGAGGCUGUUCUUCGGAUCUAUGAGAUGUUGGAGCGCACGCGGCUUCAAGGGUCUAAGGCGGUCAUAAGAAAAUCGACUACGAGUUCAACAUCAUGGACGACCGGAAUGUUCACCCAUGGUGGCGUUUCAGGCCUGAGAACAACGACUACGAGGCUUCCAUCGACUACGGCUUUCUUGGUGAAGGCGGCGAAGGAGUUGACUGGUAGUGACAAGUUUGCGGUUGUUGCCAUCACGCAUGGAGCCAAGCUUAGAGCUCAUCGGGGUUCUCACAAUGAAGCGGGUUCUGAGAAUGCGGUCAUUGCCCUGACAGAUUUCAACCGUGGAGGUAUAUGGAUCGAAGGUCGUGGAGUUGAGUGUCGAGAAGUCCUUCCUGGAAGAGUCGUUCAAGGUGGUGUUCAAGAUCUGGAGCUCGGAUCCCCAGUGUUUUUCAACCCGAGGAAAUGGCAUGAGACUCAGGACUUUGAGGGUGACCGUGUUGUGAUGAUGACGUAUACCCCGAGGACCACUAAGUUGAACAUGGAAGACAAGCAGAGACUACGAGAGCUUGGGUUCAAUGUCCCGGAACGAGAUCCUGGUCUUCAUGUUUCGUCGAAGGUGGAUGUUGCAUGGUGCAAGCAGCAGUUGGUUGUUGAGGCCGGCGAAGCUUUGGUGUCAUGCUCCCAACUUGAUCCUGAAGUGAGCGAAGAAGAUGUGUUAGAUGGUGCUCUACUUCGAACAAAUGAGUACCAACAACAGAUGCUUGAGGAGAUGUUGGACCGAUCAGCACUGCUUCAAGACCUACUUGAGGAGGAGGAGGAGGAACGAUUAGAUGACCUCAGGUCUACCCAGGUGGGAUGCUUGGAAACUGCUCGGCAAGCACAUGGUCAGAUCAUGCAAGUCCUUGACAAUUUGGCGGUGAAGAUCAAGAAGGAGACUCAACGACGUGAUGAGACUGAGAGUUACUACCUUCCUGCAAUCUCGCCUGAAUCAGUGGACCAGGACUAUGAGAAGUUGUUGGAAGGCCUUCAAGAAGAUCUUCAAGUGACUCACACGGUGCCUUUGUGUCAAGUGAAGCCAGUUGCUGAAAAAUGGGGGGCAGCAAUCCAAAAGGAAAUCUCCAACCUCUUCAACACUGGGACCCUCAAAAGGGUCAAGAUGUCACAAGCGCGAAGAAUGGAAGCAGAAGGGCGACUACGACUUGUCCCCGGCAAAGGAGUUCGCACAAUCAAGCCUCCAGCCGAGAAAGGGCACGGUUUCAAGAGAAAAUACAGACUUGUUCUCUGCGGGAACUUUGUGGAUCCCAGUGAGUCCCAAGGUUCCCUCUAUGCCGGGGGAGUUGGAGCAGAGAGCCUUCGAACUUUGUUGGCUGCUACGACAAGCUUGGGCUGGCUGGGUGCAACAACAGACAUCGUUUCCGCUUUCAUUCAAGCAGAAUGGCCAGAAGGACUUCCAAUGUAUGCGGUGGUGCCACCUCGUCUACUACUACAAGAAUUGGAGUACGCAGAAGAUGGAGAGGCUUGGCUGGUAUGCCGUCCACUUUACGGACUGCGAGAGUCACCAUCCAUAUGGGCCAACUAUCGCAAUGAACGGUUGAGGACUUUGAAGAUUCCGUAUGUUGAUGGUUUCAUCACGCUACAGCAGUCAAAAACAGACUCUGAGUUGUGGUAUGCAGUAGAUCAAGGUGGAGACUUGCAAGUGCGUGGUUCUCUACUUGCGCUUAUCAUCACCUACGUGGACGACCUGUUCUACAUGGGCCCUGAGAAGAUUGUGAAGAUUCUCCACGAGUGGGUGCAUGAUCAAUGGCCGUGCUCUGAACUACAAUGGGCUUCUGUUUCUCCUGGAGUUCGGUACCUUGGAAUGGAGAUUUUCCAGAGGGAGACGGGAGAGUAUGAGGUGACCCAGAACGGUUAUAUCAUGGAUUUGAUUCGAGGGCACGACAUGUUGGAGGCUCCUCAGACUCUUCCUUGCCCGAAGGAGUGGAUUACAGACAAUGUGGACACGGAGGCCGAGGAGUUCAGUGAAGCAGACCUACGGUUGGCCCAACGGUUAGUUGGUGAGCAACUAUGGCUAGCAAUGCGUUGCCGUCCAGAUGUUCACUUCACGGUAAGCUACAUGGCCAGUUGGGUUGCAAGGCAUCCAAGGCGAGUGACCAAGAUUGCCUACAGGAUGUUGGCCUACUUGCACAAGACGGCGGGCAUGAGAAUGGUCCUUGUCGUUUGGAGCAUCCCUCAUUUCAUUACAGUGGAAGAUUCGCCCGUUAGCUGGCGCUGCGGAAAACAAACAUUCGUUAUGCUUUCGAUCAUGGAGUCGGAGCUCUAUCAAGCCACGGAGGCCGCUGUUCUUCUGGAAAAUGUGGGUGUGCUUUUGGACGAGCUAGCGCAGUUUGUGGUGCCUCGAACGCUGUGUGUUGACAAUUCUGCGGCUACAGCAAUGAUUCUUGGAGGACCGGGGAGUUGGCGCACAAGGCACUUAAAGGUCCGUUCAGCCUACUUGAUCCAGAGGGUGCAAGAAAAGAAGCUCCAUGUGGAACAUGUGGAUGGGGUGAAGCAACGAGCGGACCUGUCGACUAAGGUUCAUUCGAAGGCCAGGUUGUAUGCUUUGCUGAAGCUGUGGAGGUUCGAGCAAUUCCCACAAGAAGCAGCAACGGCUACGGAUACCGAAGACGCUAAGGAUUCUGUGAAAAUUGCUGGUGUUGAUGAGUUGGUGUUCGUAACGAUUCUGGCAUGUGCGGCUGCUAUUUUGGCAUGGGAGAUUGUGAAGGCGGUGGGCAAGCAGUUGUGGAUUUGCUUCUGUCGUCCAGUACGUGGUCGGAAGGCUAAGAAGCUCAGGGACCUUGCAAGGGCUGCAGCAGAGGCUGAAGUCGACAAGGCCCUGAGUCCUGAACCUAAGGCGGUAGCGAGGCAAUCUACAUUGGGUGCUAUGUCAAGCACUGCAUGGUUUCCUUCCUCCCUGGAAGUGCGGCAACGAUCAAUUGCGACACAGACUGAGGACUGGAUAAGAGUGUCAGCACCUGUGGUGGUGACGCUUCCGCGCCAAGUGAGAUCGACGAUCCAAGACGACGAUUGGUACGUGCACUUUGAUGGUCCCUUCUUUCGCUCAGAGUAUGGUGAUACUGUGCAUGUGAAUCCAAACUGCAACAUCCCCUUUACCAGAAGGGAGCUCAUGACGGAUCUGCCAGACGAACUCUCCGUUUUGAGAACACGAGGCUCGGUUGGCAAAGAGGGCGGCAGCGAGAUCAGGGCAGCUGAGAUGGCUGGCGUGGCCGCGGAAGGAAAUGCAGCCGCUCAUGCGGCGACUCCAGUGCCAGAUGACGAUGAUCUGCAAGAGCCUCCAGACCCGUGGAGGGACUAUGUUGCAGGUCGCACGGACGACCAACCUCCGCCUCCCGGCUUCAGCCCAGCACGGCGACGGACCCAGGACCCCGGCAGCGAUCAUUUGGCUGGCUUCGAGGAGUUUCUUCGGAGACGGGGUGCUUUGACAAGGCAAGCGAGGCGACGCGCCGUGGAUGAUGACGACGAUGGCGAGGAGGAGACCGGAGGCAGCCGGUCCAAUGCUGGACCCCCGCCACAGUGGGACGGAACCACGGCCUUCCGGGACUAUGAGAUCCGUGCCAGACUCUGGUUGGCCACCACCAAGGUGAAGGCAAAGGCCAGGGGCCCAUCCCUCCUUCGGAACUUGUCGGGGACGCCUUUCGGCGACUUGAAGCACUUAGCGAAGGACGAAGCUUGGAUGCAAAGCGAUGACAACGGGAACAAGUUGAUUCAGAUGAUGAACACGAAGGAGUUGUAUGGAGAGGAUGAACGUGAAGAGAUGAUCAACACCCUGGUCAAGGUGACGUACACCUUGAGGCGUGGCAAGAGCGAAGGGUACAAGACCUUCUUCGCCCGGUGGGACAAUGCGGUCCGGAAGCUUGGCGAGCACAAGGUGGACUUGCCUCAAGAGUACCUGGGCUUCUUGUUAGUCAUGGCGCUCCAGGUGACGCCGGACGAGGUGAAGCUCAUGAUGAACUACACCCAGGGGAAGCUCACGCAGAAGGCCGUCAAGGAAUGGAUCCGCGUUCAAGAAGCAGACCUGGCUUGGAAUGCUUCUGGACAGAAGCCGAAGAAGGUGGAGUCCAUCAUGAUGAUGGACGAGGCGACCGAGUCCUACGUGGAGACGGUGGACGAGGACGAGCCGGAGGAGGAAAACCUGGAGGUCCUACUGAAUGCCCUCGGUGACCUGGACAACGGGGUCGAGGGCGAGUCUACGGCAGCUUCCGACGUGUUCGACGAGGAGGAGGCUAAGGAGAUCCUGGCCACCAUGGUGAAGGAGUACAGCAAGGGCGGGUUCCGGCGAUCCUUUAAGGCAGUGAAUGAUGCCAAGCGGGCCAAGGGCUUGGCCAGAGGCUAUGGAGCCCAGAAGGACCCGAGCGGGAGGUUUGGCCCAGCCAAGGGCCAGGAGCCAGCCCUCAAGAAGAAGACCCGGUGUGCAAAUUGCAGACAGAUUGGCCACUGGCACCGGGAAUGCCCAAAUCCCCAGAAGCCGAAGGACGCCCACUACCUGGAGAACGGCUCUGAAGAGGUGCUCUUCCUCCACUACCUGGACUUCCUGGACUCCAAGAAGGAGCAGGGAUCUGCACCAGACCGGAUGAUGAUGAUGUGGCCGAGCAGCAACAUCGGCCCAACGCCACAGCAAACUUUGCUAGCCAGCCUCCAAGCUCUCACGCGACCUCCGUGCAAGAUGCAGCCCCGCACCAAGCGCACCCGGGAGGAGAAAGCCUACAAGCGCCAGUUCCACUGGCGCCGGAUGGUCUUGUGGAUCUUCACGGUGGUGGUGAACUCCGUCUACCGGAUGGUGGCCGGACAGCUAGACCUACAGCUCGACCGCCGGGAGCAGAUGGUCGAGACGCUGCGCGGCAUGAACACGGAGGAGCUGGAGGAGGCCCAGAUGACGGUCGAAAGUGCCAUCCUGACGGCAAGCCACCAGGAGGACAAAUGGUCGGUGGUGGAACCGGGAACUCUGCCGAGCCCCCGGAAGCGUCCCAUGAUGGAGGAGGAAACCGGAAGCAUGUCCUGGGACGAGUUCGCCCCGACCCAGGUGAACCUCUGCCAUUGCAACCUGGAGACGGUGAUGCUGAGGACCAAGAAGCGCCGCCCCAAACCUCCAUCGACUCUUCUGAAAGUGCCCUCGCUUCGCCGACCCUGGGAGCCGAUGCGAAUUUUGGGAGAGCGACGCGAACCAGGACAUGUGGCAGCCAACCCGGAGGAAUGGACCUUCACCUUCCGAGCCGGUCAACGCGCCGAUCAAUGCCAGAUCUCCGGCGCCUUCCUCAGUGAGCUUGGGAUGGAGCACAAUGAGAGCCCCAUCUUCUCCGGGAAUGAGCAGCCUGGGAAGCUACCAGGGGAACGGCUACAUCCUGGCGGACCCGGCGGAGGUCCCAUGUGGCUGCGCCAAUCCAGUUCGGGUCGGCACUGGGUUCAAUGCUUGGGUGACCCAGAUCAAGUGCGGACAGUGCGGCAAGGUGAUGCUACGCAAGGCGACGGUGAAGGCCAAGGAGCACUACGCGAAGACCAACCGGGAGCCGCCCACUCCCAAUACCUUGCCUCCGACGCCACCGCUGCCGAGCGGAGGGUCCACUACGAAGCUGACGGGAACUCCUCUCAACAAGCACCUCUUCUUCGGGCCGAACCUGGGGAGCAGUUCGAGCGAGGUCUCGAAGAAGAACGGGAGAUGAAACUACCCAUCGAAGGAGCCGAACAGCCACGAGAGAAGCGCAGCCGCAUCGAGUUGCUAGAGAUCUACCACAUGGACUUGACCACCCUGGCAAAUCAAAGGCAGAAGAAGGAAGCACGGCCAAAAGACUUCGUGGGUCAAGACCGUGAACGACUUGAUCGGGCGAUCCUCAAGGAGAUAAACAAUAACCUCGAGACCGGCGCCUACAAGAUCCUCACGCCCAAGGAGUCCUACGACAUCCUUCGGAACAAGCCCGAGAAGGUCAUGGAAAGCCGGUAUGUUCUAACGAAGAAACCACUGGAACCCUCGGACGUGCCGAAGGCACAGGCGGAGGGACUACUACUUGACGAUCAACAGCAUGGACCCGUCAAGGCCAAAUGCCGGCACGUGAUGAAGGGCUUCUCCGAGGAGUCGGCGCUGGACGUGGAGAGUACGACUCCCCAGGUCAACCGGGACUCCGUUAUAUUUAUAACUGGCGAGUAUGAGAUGGACCAGAUCCUGAAACUCCUCAAGACCUGUUACGGCUUAACGGACGGGCCCUAUGCUUGGUACCAGCACUUUUGCCGGCGACUAUGCGAAAUGGGUUACCAGACCAGCCGGUCCGACCCCUGCGUGUUCUUCCUGCAUGGUCCUACGGACAAGGAGGGCGGACGCAAGCUGGAAGGAGUCAUUGGUCUGGCCACCAAUGACAUGCUUCACGGAGGAGAUCAACGACACUGGGACAACAUCGAGAAGAUUGCUACGGAGUACAAACUUGGGAAAAACCAGAAGGGGGAGUUCUAUGUCAAGGAGAAGGCCGAGAAGAUCAACAUCCCGAGGAAGAGAAAGCAGCAGCGGUUCUCCCGCCGCACGGCGGAAGAAGUGGAACAACUACGAAGUCAACUAGGAGUUCUUUCCUGGUUGGCUAAGGAAACGCGGUGCGAUAUUGCUGGAAGAGUUUGUCUACUUCAACAAUGUUUUCCGGAGCCGAAGGUAUCAGAUCUUAUUGAAUGCAACAAGAUCCUGGACGAGGCAAUCCAACACUGCCCCCUCGGCAUCAAAGUGAUGCCGAUCGACUGGAAGAAUCUACGGGUUUCGGUUGUGACGGACGCUGCUUGGGGGAACUCGCGAGAGCAAAUCUGGAUCGAGAACUCCGAGGAAGACUUUUGGGAAGAGACGGACAAGGAGUGGGUACGACACCAUAAGGCGCCGAGACGGACAAGCUUCCAUCCAGGCGCUGCUCAAGGAGGCCCAAACCUACACCAUAUCUCGGCCCACCGAAGGAGCGAGAUGUUCAUCAACCAGGAGCAGGCCGGGAUCAAGACCAAGGUCGCCGAAGACACCUGGAACAACGACCGAGGAAUACGAGUCCUCAACGAGGACCCGUGGUGCGGUGUUACGAGGUUUCGUAAGUGCUCCAGCGAGGAGCCAGCUGUCCAAAAGAUCCACUCAAGCCUGCAGCAGCUGCAGAACUUGAGUAGUCAAGGAGGGCAGAUCAUCUUGUAUCACGACAAGGCCUUAGCAGAAGGAGGCAUGGAAGCACAGGCGACGUUGGCACCGUGGAAGAGUUUCCGCUUAAAGCGGAAGACCGUGGACACCUUGGCGGCGGAGGGUCAGUCGCUUCAGUCAGGGAUCGGAUCGAUCCACUGGCAUCGGCUGCUGUUCCUGGAGGCGUUCUACGGAAUGAUGUCUACCGAACGAUGGAGAGAAGAAUCCAAAAGGAUUCCCUUCUUGGCGGCAGUAGACUCCAAGAAUCUCUACGAUGCCGCCAACAAGUGUACAAGUACUACAGCCUACAUCAGCGACAAGAGGACAGCGAUCGACCUCGCCGUCAUCAAGGCGGACUUGCUCGAGACGAAUGGUACCAUCCGCUGGAUUGAUACCCGGGCCAUGAGAGCGGACCCGCUUACCAAGGCCCAUCCAGCUACGUACCUCCGAUACGUCAUGUCCGUUGGAAAAUGGUCAAUCGUCGAAGAAGGAACUGCCUUACAACAAAAGGUCCUGUUGGAGGGCGAACUCGGCCGAAGUUACAACGACCUGCUCCAGCGAUAA